AUCGCCGGGCCGCCGCCGCCGCCGCCCGCCGCCCUCGCCGCCCGCUGCAUGCCCGGCGCCCGGGUCGCGGCCCACCUGGACGCUCUGGGCCCCCUGGUCCCCUCCGUGCCGCCUUCGCUCUUGCCCUCUAUGUUCUACGUGGGCCUGUUCUUCGUCAAUGUGCUGAUCUUGUACUACGCCUUCCUCAUGGAGUACAUCGUCCUCAACGUGGGCCUCGUCUUCCUGCCCGAGGACAUGGACCAGGCGCUGGUGGACCUCGGUGUGCUCUCCGACCCCGGCUCGGGCCUCUACGACGCCGACUCGGAGCUUGAUGUCUUCGAUGGUUACUUGGAGUAGGCUCGGCUGCCCCCGCCGCUCUCCCCACGACCCGCAACCCUCAACCCGGACCGGGGCCCAGGUCAUGCCGCUGCUGUUGAUCGAGGGCACCGCCUGGCCAGGGAUGGGACCCCCAGGACGAGGCCCGCUUCGGCCGCCAAGGCCUGCCUGCUCCCCUCAAAAGCUCCGUGCCAACAGAGAGGUUCCCGUCCGGGCCCAGGACGGUGGGACAGAGAGAUUGAGAAGGAACGCUAAGGUCUGGAAGGCACGUGCCCCUGCCCGAAGGGUGAGGCAGGGGUGCCCGGAGACCUCGCCCGCCUGCGGCGUCGUGCACACAGCCUCGUCCUGGCUUCUGACCUUCCGCCUUCUCAGUGGAUGUUUACACGAACCCAGCCAGAGUCAGCCUCCCUGCUUUCCACCCCCGGCUGCGUCUGCUUACCCCACUUAACCUUCGGAGAGAGAGGACACGUCAUACAGAAAAGCGACUCCCAGCUCUGUUUGAUGCCAGUGGAGCUCUAAGCCCUAUGGGGUCUGUCCCGAGGCCGGGCUUAGAUGCAGCGACUAUUUCCGAGAGAGUGACUCAGAAGGAAAAGAACACCUCGGGGGCUGAGGGUGGGGUUUGGACUCAUUCAUUUCAAGUUGUUUGCUCGCCAUCAAGUUGCCAGAACUGAUACAUUGUGCCAGGGGUGGGUCAGCCACCCCUCCGGCCAGAAAUAUUUUUUGAAAAUGUGAGUGGUAUGAAUACUUGACUUCGAUAAACCUGUAAAAGCAAUACUUAGGAGGCUAACUUCUUUCAAUUAAAAAAUGUAUGCAACUC